AUGAAGGAAUUCAAAGAGGAUGAAGUUUUAGGGGGCAAAACAAUUUGCAUUUUUUCUUUCGUUCCUUUCCUUCUUUCUUUCUCACGCGCCUCUAACUUUCCUUCUUUCUUUCCCACGCGCCUCUUACUUUCCUUCUUUCUUUCUCACGCUUUUUCUCUUGCUUUCCCUUCUUUCUUUCUCACGCGCCUCUCUUUCUUCUUUUUUCUUCUGCUUUCCUUCUUUCUUUCCUCGAUUCGCUUUCCUUCUUUCUUUUUGCCUCUUGCUUUUCCUUCUUUCUUUCUCACGCUUUUCCUUCUUGCUUUCCUUCUUGCUUUUUUCUUUCUUUCACGCGCUCUCUUGCUUUCUUUCUUCUUUCUUUCUUUCCACGCGUCUCUUUGCUUUUCACGCCUUUCUUUCCUUCUUUCUUUCUCGCCUCUUGCUUUCCUUUUCUUUUUUCUUUCGCGCCUCUUGCUUUCCUUCUUUCUUUUCCCGCCUCUUGCUUUCCUUCUUUCCACUCUUUCUUUUCCUUUUUUCUUUCUUUCAAGCGCCUCUUGCUUUCCUUCUUUUUUUUCUCAAGCGCCUCUUGCUUUCCUUCUUUCUUUCCCGCGUCUCUUGCUUUCCUUCUUUCUUUCUCCACGCGCCUCUUGCUUUCCUUCUUUCUUUCCCGCGUCUCUUGCUUUCCUUCUUUCUUUUUUCUCAAGCGCUCCCGCGCCUCUUGCUUUUUCCUUUCUUUCUCCGCCUUUUCUCGAUUCUUGCUUUUCCUUCUUUCUUUCUCCGCGCCUCUUGCUUUCCUUCUUUCUUUCCGAUUCGCGUCUCUUGCUUUCCUUCUUUCUUUUCCCGCCUCGCUUUCUUCUUUCCCACGUCGAUUCUUUUCCUUCUUUCUUUCCCACUUUCCUUCUCUUUCUGCCUUUCCUUCCCUUUUUCUUUUCCCUUGCUUUUCUUCUUUCUUUCUCUCGCCUCUCUUUGCUUUCCUUCUUUCUUUCUCACGCCUCUUGCUUUCCUUCUUUCUUUUCCUUCUUUCUUUCUUUCACUCUUGCUUUCCUUCUUUCGCCUUGCUUUCCUUCUUUCUUUCCCACGCGUCUCUUGCUUUCCUUCUUUCUUUCCCACGCGUCUCUUGCUUUCCUUCUUUCUUUCUCACGCGCUCUUGCUUUCCUUCUUUCUUUCUCACGCGCCUCUUGCUUUCCUUCUUUCUUUCUCCUCGUCUCUCUUGCUUUCCUUCUUUCUUUCUCACUUUCUUUCCUAGCUUUCCUUCUUUCUUUUUCCUUUCCUUCUUUCUUUCUCACUUUCCUUCUUUCUUUCUUGCUUUCCUUCUUUCUUUCUCACGCGCCUUCUUUCUUGUCUCUUUCCUUCUUUCUUUCUCAAGCCCUUUCCCUUCUUUCUUUCUCACUCUCUCGGUUUCUUUUCUUUCUUUUCACCUCUUUGCUUUCCUUCUUUCUUUCUCACGCGCCUCUUUCUUUUCUUUCCUUCUUUCUUUUCCUUCUUUCUUUCUCACGCGCCUCUUGCUUUCCUUCUUUCUUUCUCACGCGCCUCUUGCUUUCCUUCUUUCUUUCUCACGCGCCUCUUGCUUUCCUUCUUUCUUUCUCACGCGUCUCUUGCUUUCCUUCUUUCUUUCCCAAGCGCCUCUUGCUUUCCUUCUUUCUUUCCCACGCGUCUCUUGCUUCCCUUCUUUCUUUCUCACCUGCCUCUUGUUUUCCUUCUUUCUUCCUCUUCCACUGA